UUUAUUCAACUACGCCUCUUCCUCCGGUCGCAGCUCCGUCUGGCCCGCAGGACAGGAAGAGGCUGGUGGGGGGGAAAAGGAAAAGGCAUCGGGACGCCCUCCCUCCUGCCCUUCCUCCUCCUCCUCCUCCGUAGGCGGAUAACGGUGUCCAAGAAGUUACGGAGGAGCAGACAAUAGCGCCAGCACUGUACACACACGCCUCCAUUACAACUUCUUCAUGGUCGCAUCGUCCUGGCCGCCUGAGGAGAGACAUCAUGGAGGAUCUAGGAGUGCCUGAGACACUUAACUACCCUCUCAGUCCUCGUAUUGUUGUGUUUGAUGCCCUCCUUGCUGACUUGGAGAACACCGGCUCUCCUCUGGCACGGUGUCCCGUACUCCUCACCUCGGAUCCACCUUCAAACAGCGACAGUGUGAUCCAGAAUUCUGGGGAGUCCCGGCCACCGCCGCCAGCCUACACGCCCCAGCAGACAGUUUCUGCAGCCAUGAAGUCGACUCAGAAUCCCAAACCAGACAAAUUAUACAGCACAGUGUGUAAACCUCGAUCCCCUCGCACAGCGGACCCCCCUCCAACCUUCUCCUCUUCAUUGUUAGGCGGAGGUCUGAGUGAGCUGGAUCACCUGUUGCAGGAGCUGAAUGCCACCCAGUUCAAUAUUACAGAUGAGAUUCUGGCUCAGUUCCCUUCCUCCAAGAAAGACGACAGGGACAUGAUCAAAGACAAGGACAGACCCUCCUCAAACAACUCCUCCAAGCCUUCUGCGACCUCUGCCACUCUGGAGUUGGACAAACUGAUGGCUUCCCUGUCAGACUUCCGGGUGCAGAGCACACCAGCAUUGCCAGUGGCUCCCACGGCUCCUGCGGCUCCCGUGGCUCCAGCAGCUCCUGCGGCUCCUGCGGCUCCUGUGGCUCCGGUGCCACAGCAGCUGGUCAGUCCUCCACAACCAGCACCCGGCGGCUCCUUGGACAGCAUGUUGGGGCUUCUGCAGUCAGACCUGAGCCGACAAGGAGUUCAAACAUCCUCCAAGGGGAACUGCUCUGCCUGCCAGAAGCCAGUAGUCGGACAGGUGGUGACAGCUCUGGGGAAGGUCUGGCACCCAGAGCACUUUGUGUGCACGGAGUGUGAGACCGAAUUGGGCAGUCGCAACUUUUUCGAGAAGGAUGGUCGUCCAUACUGCGAGUCAGACUACUUUACUCUCUUCUCACCGCACUGUGCAAACUGCAACAAGCCCAUUCUGAACAAAAUGGUCACUGCCCUGGAGAAAAACUGGCACCCAGAGUGUUUCUGUUGUGUCAAGUGCAGCCGGACCUUUGGCGAUGAAGGUUUCCACGACCGCGAGGGCCAGCAGUACUGUCAGCAGUGCUUCCUGACUCUGUUCGCCUCCCGCUGCCAAGGCUGCAGUCAACCCAUCCUGGAAAACUACAUCUCUGCUCUCAACUCUCUCUGGCACCCUCAGUGUUUCGUUUGCAGGGAGUGCCACAGCCCCUUUGUCAACGGCAGCUUCUUUGAACACGAGGGGAAGCCGCUCUGCGAGGCCCACUACCACCAGUCCCGGGGCAGCAUGUGUCAGGCCUGCCAGCAGCCCAUCCUGGGGCGCUGCGUCACCGCCAUGGGGGCCAAAUUUCACCCGCAUCACCUUGUAUGUCACUUCUGCCUUAAACCUCUGAGCAAAGGUUGUUUCAAAGAACAAGAGAACAAACCCUACUGCCACCCUUGCUUCAUUAAACUUUUUGGUUAAGAUUCUGAAUGAAGAAAACUUUUUUGUUUUUUAUUUUGACUCUGGGAACGAGGGAGGAGCUGGUCUCUCUUGGCUUUUCCUGAUCAAAAUGAUGCAACCAAUGUCCGUAACGUUGAGCAUUUAUGCUGAAAUACCAAAGAGUUUACUGUGGAUGUAAAUCUGGAAUUGAUUCAAAUUGAAUGUUGGGGGGGAUUCUUUUUUGCCAAAGGUAAUGAGAAACAUUUUUGGGUGGCUUUUGUUGUUCUUGCGUGAGGAAAUCCCCUGUAAUAUAUUUGCUUUAAGUUGCUGAGCUUUAAGUUGUAACUGCUAUGGCACUUAUUUGUAGUUGGCUACAUGCUAUGUUAUGGUCAACAUGACAAGUGAAGAUGUUGGAUUUAUCAUGGAUUAUUUUUUCACUCAUGUACUCAUUGCACCAAAGAAAGGCGAAUAAAACAUGACACUUUGUUUA